GUUAUCAGUUUGGGAGUUGGUUGAGAAACACUCUUGCCCUGCUCUUUCUCGGUCGUGGGUGAUUUUUGUGUCUGAUCUCUCUUCCUCCUUCACUCAUUGUCAUUGCUUGUUCUCCUUGGUUGCAAGGCACAUAACACCAUCUUGUCUUCAGCACUGGUGUUAUCAAUUUUCUUGGGAACCCUUUCGUACAACCUCCCCGGUCCGUUUGGUCUCUGAGUGCGGAUAUGGCUGAAGGAACUCUCGCAUCGGCAGUAGCUCUGCCCGAUCCAGAAGACCACCAGCCCCGACUCCCUUCCCCAGAUCACACAACAACAAAUGCAGGCCUCAAACGGCGACAGUCCUCCUCCGCUACCGAGGCCGGUGAUGAUGUCACAGCAGUCGGCAGAGAAACAGACAGCAAACGCCGCCGAUUGAGUACCUCCGCCUCCACCACCCAGCCACAAGACCAAGACCAAGACCAAGACCAAGACCAAGACCAAGACCAAGAACAACAACAAGAACAAGCCGCAGAAACAAACAACAACGACCACCCUCCAGUCGUCCAACCGGAACCCACAGCAGACCAAGACCAGAAGCCCCCGGCCUCCCCGGAAGAAUCGAAACGCGCACCACCCCCACCGCGCCGACCGGCCGCCGGACGCAAGGACGAGGAGCGCAAACGCGGCCAGCGGCUGUUCGGCGCGCUGCUGGGCACGCUCUCCCAGAGCUCCUCGAACACGGCGGCCCAGAGACGGCGGGCGGAUAUCGAGAAGCGGCAGCAGGAUAAGCUCAAGUUACAGGAUGAGGAGUACGGGGAAUUGAAGAAGAAGCGGCGGGAGGAGAGGGUGCAGAGACGGAAGAAGUACCAGAGGGCUUAUGAGGAGGAAGCGAUGCGGACUCGGCAUGAAAAUAUCUUGGCUACGGCGAGGUAUCUGAAGACAAAGGCGGAGCCUGUUUUGUACUACAAACCAUGGCAAUUGAGGUCCGAUGAUGAAGACGUUAUAGACGAACAGAUCCAAGAGGCGGAAGCAACCGUUGCCCGAGAAAGGGCCGAGUUUGAGGCACGCUAUGCAGCUCAGAACCAGGACACCCACGCAGAGGACGAGCAGAAGCCGGAAACCACACAGGAUGAUGCGCAGGGACCGGCGUCGGUGCCAGAAUCAGAAGCCCACGAGUCCAAGAGCGUACCGGAGGAGACUGCUGUACGCGCAGAAAACUCAGGCUCGAAAUCCGAAGGGGAGGCAGAACAGGCCCCACAAGACGCCACACCCGCACAUGAUAGCACCGUGUCUGUGGCUGACGGCCACGAUGAUCUGCAUCGCGCACACGACGAUGACGGCGGAGAGGUGGUCGAGGACCAGGAGGACACUGUAAUCUACUGAAGAACCAACUGCAGCUAUGAGCGGUUCGAUCCUAUCUAACUGUACUCUACAAUAGCCAUAUUCUGAGAAUUCUGCAGCAUUAUGUACACGACGAAAAGGCAAAGCGUGGAGUUGGAACGCAGGCACGAUGUACGUACGAGCAUGUAUGGAGUAACUGUAGCUGCAUUCUG